AUGCGUGUUUGCGCCGCUGUGGCCCUGGGGGUGCUGAUGCUGGAGCUCGCGUUGGCGACCCCCGCCCAUGAAUCCGCAUCGGGGCUGAGUUUGGUGGCGUUCAAGCGUUCGCUGCUGGAGGAGGAUGGGGGCGAUGACCCAUGCGCCCAGUUGGAGCUGGUCAACUACGACAUGGGGUUGCACAUCGCCUCUGUGUUCAUAUUGCUGGGCGUGUCGCUGCUGGGCUCCCUUGCUCCCGUGCUGCUGCGGGUGUGCAGCGCCAGCCAGCGCAUUGCGACGGCCAUCCGGCUGGGCACCUUCUUCGGGUUUGGCACGCUGAUCGCCACGGCAUUUAUUCACAUGAUGCUGCCCGCGGUGGAGUAUCUGACAAAUCCGUGCCUGCCGGCCUUCUGGACGGAGUCGUACGAGGCCUGGCCCUUCCUCUUCACGACUGUGGCCGUGCUGGGCAUGCAACUGGGGUACCUGCGCCGCAACGGCAUUGCCCAGGGGGACCAGGUCGGCUGCCACACCGCCGUCAUUGGAGCCAUCAUCAGCACCGGGGCGCACAAAGUGCAGCCGCAGGCACCCUCAAACAGCCAGCUGGGGGAUGCUGAGGGUGGCGAGGCCAACGAGGAGGGAGGCGCCUGCCCAGUCCACGGCGAGGGAUGCAACACGCUGCUUGCCCACAAGCCGGAUGUGACACGGACGGUGGGCAUCUACCUGACGGAGGCUGGCAUCAUUUUUCACUCGGUGAUGAUCGGCAUCACCCUCGGCGUCACAAGCGAAUCGUUCAACACACUGCUGGCGGCCCUCUGCUUCCAUCAGUUCUUCGAGGGCUUUGCGCUGGCCUCUGCCGCCGUGGACGCCGCGCUGGGCACCGCCAAGUGCAUCAUCAUGGCUGUGGCCUACUCCGUCACCACUCCAGUGGGCAUUGCGAUCGGCAUCGGCAUUCGCGAGUCGUUCAACGAGAACUCCACUGCCACCCUGCUGGCCUCCGGCAUCCUUGACUCGCUGUCUGCUGGCAUUCUGAUCUACGUUGCCCUGGUGCAUCUCGUGGAGCCGCUCAUGACGGACAGCGCCUGGCUGCACGGACGUGGCUGGCCGAUGCAGGUCCUGGCGUUCAUCUGCUUCUACUCUGGCGCAGGAGCAAUGGCGUUCAUCGGCAAAUAUGCAUGA